AUGGUUGGAAGGGGUGUGUGCUGGAACGCCACGAUCUGCCUGUGUUGCAUCGUUCUAGUGUUCUUAUGCAGUGGUGUCAAACUGAGCAGGUACCAAUACGGUAGGUGUUCGAAGAGGAGUUGUCUCAUGGAUAUGUCGAUCAGUGGGAUGGCGCGGAGGCUACGAAAGGAGGAGAACGAGCCAAUUAAGACGAGCAUCAACGAAGAUAACUGUAGCUCCGUAGGUAAACAAGACAAAAUUUCUAGUCAGGACAACCCCGCAGGUAGGUGCACCACCGCCAAUCGCUGGAGCAUCCUAAUCAACUGUUACGACCAGUGGGACGCCUUCCGAAACAGAUUCUUCCUGACAGUAGACGAAAAUGAGUGUGUGCGAGACAUUAAGGAACAGAUCGAACGGAUCCACGGAAUACCUUCAUGCAUCCAACAAAUUUUGUAUCAAGGAAAAUCGCUAGCUGAUGAUGUGAUGAUAAAAAAAUUAACAAAAGGCAUAAAAAUUCAUCUUUUAAAUUUAACCCUGAUGACUAUGUUGCCGCAUAUUUUUUCCUCCCGUGAAGAAAAUUUAACCAAUGAAUGGGAAAAAAAAAAAAAAAAAAAAAAAAAAAAAAAAAAAUUGGAACAGAAAAUCAAGUAUGUUAGCUAUCUAGUUCUCCUUGAAGAAUAUAAAAAUCUGUUAAACCAUUUGGAGAAAAAUAAUUAUGUCGUUUGUGAGGAAGACAUUGCUAACUCCUUCAGUGCAUUCGAUAAAGGAUUUCCCAAAAUGGUACAAGCUAAAGGGAUCAACUUGGAUAAAAUAAAGAAAGAAAUAGAGGAACUACAACACGUGGAUAGGAAAAAGCCACUACUCCGUUUGGGGGUAGACUUUCCACUAAUGAGUAAUCAGAUAGUCGAUAGAUUCAAGGAGCUUGUCAACUUCUACUACUUAGGUGACAUAAAGUCGGUUGUUAAAUUUUCUCUUUUUUUUUUUAUCCUCUACAAGUAUGCUAACUACCCUCCUUAUGUAAAGCGUUUCUUCCUCUACCUGUCCAUUUGUUUCAUCUUGGCUCCGUGGAAGGCGGUCUAUAUGCUCUUCCACUUUUCCUUUUUUUUCGUUCCUCGGGGGAUGCUCUUUUCGGGUCUGACGAACAUCCUGUCCGCCUCCUAUCAGCAGAUCCUCAUGUGUCAGUAA